CCUAUAACAACGACUGCCUCUACAAUGCGUUCCCUUCUGUUUAUUCUGCUCAUCUCGGCCCUGGCUUUGGUUCAGGCCAGGACACUGAGUGGGUCGAAGGAGGAUUACCAAGAGAACGACUACCAGGAGUCGCGCGAAACCCAUCUUUCCAAACCCCAUCUGCACUCUUCGGUGUGGCCCUGCGAUGUGGCCGACUAUCGGGAGGCAUAUCCCCUUCUACACAAGGUGGAGAAGCAAUUGCCAAAGAUCGACAGCGCGGAGACUAGGAACCACAUCAGAGAUCACGUGGUGACCCAGCUGAGGCAGUGCAUCUCGGCGGGCAAGAUGGACCGGCAUUGCGUGGGCCGUUCGAUUGGUCUUGUCAUGUCCUUCAUUAACCACCAGAGGAGAAAUCAGCAGUCUACUGACUUGUAAAAAUGUGAUACUAUUUUUUAUAUAAAUUUGUUUAAGUGCCUGCCAAAUAUCUGCAGAUUUUUACUAUCAACACAAAUGCAAAGAUGUUGCUUUACUUUGCAAAAGCUUUUAAACAAAGUAAUAAAUUAAAUUACAAUAA